AGCGCGGGGCGGGGGCGGAUACGCUUAGCCAGAGCCCAGGGGCCAAGAGCCCGGAGGCAGAUGGAGGCAAGGCGAGGCAGCAAGUGCUGGGUAGAGCUCAGCUGGAGCACAGUUUCCCUCCAGGACCAGUUGAGUGAGACCUCACGUGUAGACCCAGAGGAUCAAAGGACGGGCACGUCACCUGCCGCGCCGGCGCCGUUGCGCGCAGACCAGUUGUGCCGGGAGCUGCAGGAGGUCAAAACUUAAGAGAGACGGGAGAAGAAAAUGGACCGUCGCUGAUCCUCAGACUAGAAUGAGAGUUAAUUGGGAGAAAAUGGUGCGGCCUCUUCACCCAGAGCACCCUCCCCCACGUGCUCACAUCCCCAGCGAACACCCCCGGGGAGGCCUAUGAAGCAGCAGUAAAAGAAGAGGGAGGAAUAUAAAUUCUCAAGUUGGAAGGGACCAGGUUACCACUUCCUCUGCUUUCUGAACUUUUUGUUUUGGUCUCCUUCGGGCAGUGGUGAGUCUCGCCAUCCCCCUUGCUUGCUUGCUUUCAGCUAAGAGUCAUCUUCUCUCCUCUUCCUCCUCUUCCUCCUCCACCCCACAUCUCCCUCCUUCCUCCCUUCCCCAACCCCUCCACCCACCAAGUAGCGAGUCAUUCAAUCUGUACACCUCCCAGUCUGGGAAUCGCAAUUGCGAAGUUGGGAGGCGGGUGACAACGUUUGGGAAGGGCCACGGCGACCGGCAGUGUGCACAGGGGCUGUGUCGGGCUCGGACCUCACCUGAUCCUUGCUCUGAGCGCGACCCUUGCUCUGCUCCCCGUCUGUCUCCUCUCUCUGCCACUUGUGCGCUGCUUCCGCGCACUCGCAACUCCCUAGCGGCAGGAGGAGGAAGGCGCACAGCGGGUGGAGUGAGUAGGGGUGCGCCAGGGAGAGGCAACCCCUUCCGGAGCCCGGGAAAUCCCGGCCGCCACCGGGGGCCGUGCCACCGCCCUCGCGGGACCAACGCUUUCGGCGUGUCCCUAACUUUGUGGCGCCCUCAGGCCGCGGCGACUGGGAUAGAGAUGCCUUCCAGCGGCAGAGCGCUGCUGGACUCGCCGCUGGACAGCGGCUCCCUGACCUCCCUGGACUCUAGUGUCUUCUGCAGCGAGGGCGAAGGGGAGCCCUUGGCGCUCGGGGACUGCUUCACGGUCAACGUGGGCGGCAGCCGCUUCGUGCUCUCGCAGCAGGCGCUGUCCUGCUUCCCGCACACGCGCCUUGGCAAGCUGGCCGUGGUGGUGGCUUCCUACCGCCGCCCCGGGGCCCUAGCCGCCGUGCCCAGCCCUCUGGAGCUUUGCGACGAUGCCAACCCAGUGGACAAUGAGUACUUCUUCGACCGCAGCUCGCAGGCGUUCCGCUACGUCCUGCACUACUACCGCACGGGCCGCCUGCAUGUCAUGGAGCAGCUGUGCGCGCUCUCCUUCCUGCAGGAGAUCCAGUACUGGGGCAUCGAUGAGCUCAGCAUCGAUUCCUGCUGCAGAGACAGAUACUUCAGAAGAAAAGAGCUGAGUGAAACUUUAGACUUCAAGAAGGACACAGAAGAUCAGGAAAGUCAACAUGAGAGUGAACAGGACUUCUCCCAAGGAGCUUGUCCCACUGUUCGCCAGAAGCUCUGGAAUAUCCUGGAGAAACCUGGAUCUUCCACAGCUGCCCGUAUCUUUGGGGUCAUCUCCAUUAUCUUCGUGGUGGUGUCCAUCAUUAACAUGGCCCUGAUGUCGGCUGAGUUAAGCUGGCUGGACCUGCAGCUGCUGGAAAUCCUGGAGUAUGUGUGCAUUAGCUGGUUCACUGGGGAGUUUGUCCUCCGCUUCCUGUGUGUGCGGGACAGAUGUCACUUCCUGAGAAAGGUGCCAAACAUCAUAGAUCUCCUUGCCAUCUUGCCCUUCUACAUCACUCUUCUGGUCGAGAGUCUGAGUGGGAGCCAGACGACACAGGAGCUGGAGAACGUGGGGCGCAUUGUCCAGGUUUUGAGGCUGCUCAGAGCUUUGCGCAUGCUAAAGCUGGGCAGACAUUCCACAGGAUUACGCUCCCUUGGGAUGACAAUUACCCAGUGUUAUGAAGAAGUCGGCCUACUGCUCCUAUUUCUAUCCGUGGGAAUCUCCAUAUUUUCAACUGUGGAAUACUUUGCUGAGCAAAGCAUUCCUGACACAACCUUCACAAGUGUCCCUUGUGCAUGGUGGUGGGCCACCACUUCUAUGACCACUGUGGGAUAUGGGGACAUUAGACCAGACACCACCACAGGCAAAAUCGUGGCCUUCAUGUGUAUCUUAUCGGGAAUUCUUGUCUUGGCCUUGCCUAUUGCUAUUAUUAAUGAUCGCUUCUCUGCUUGCUACUUCACCUUGAAACUCAAGGAAGCGGCUGUUAGACAGCGUGAAGCCCUAAAGAAGCUUACCAAGAAUAUAGCCACUGACUCAUAUAUCAGUGUUAACUUGAGAGAUGUCUAUGCCCGGAGUAUCAUGGAGAUGCUUCGAUUGAAAGGCAGAGAAAGAGCAAGUACCAGGAGCAGCGGGGGAGAUGAUUUCUGGUUUUGAAUUAAUUUUCAACUUAUUUACAAAAGCUAUGUACAAUUAAUUACAUUGAUAAAGCAGUGAUGUAGAUUUCUGUAUACUGAUGAUGAGCCUCUUCGGAGCACUGCUCAUCUUAAUUAACUUUUGCUGAUACAUUACUUCAUCUACUAGAAUAUUUCACAUCACCUAUAACAACUGCACAGUGUACUGACACAUCUGAGUGUCCAAAAUAGCCAAUUAACACGACCAAAUACAACUGGGCCAAUAUAAACAUGUUUGAAUUGUCAAAUAUAAAAUAAUAUUAUUGCAAUAUAUACAAAAAAGUUAGAUUUUAUGUAUCACUAAUUUUAGAAGUUUUUUGCACCACUAAUUUUUUAAAAAUGAAAGUUGAACUGCAUAGCCCAGAGAAAGAUAAGUGAAUAUUUAAGAACAUACUGAACAAUUUUGCCAUUUAAAGAUAUUAUCCAAGUACAUAAAUCACUCCUUUCUCUAUCAGUUAAAGUUAUUGAAUACAGUAAUUACUUUGCAGGAGAAAACUCUUUUCAGAUGGGCAGAGAUUGUAUCCCUAUUUUCUUUUUUGUGCAAACCACCAGUUACAAAUGAACUGAUCUCUAUAUCCCAUUAUUACUGUAAAAGGUGGGAAUACCAAAACUCCUUAAAUUGCAGUACAUGAGUCUACACAAAGACUUCAACAAUUGCACAUCUUCACUCUCCCAACUGAGUAUAAUAUGUGGAGCAUAAAACAGCAUAUUUCUUAGUACUUCAUAAAAAUCAGAUGGUCUUUUAUGGAUGUAUUGUUCAUGUUAUGGUUUUAAAAUAAUGAAUAUGUAAAAGUGAGGUAGUGAACAUCCUAAAUUUAUACAUUGAAAUUAUUAAAUAAUCUUAUUUCAUAAAAUGAGAAAUAUAUGUUGAAUGACAUCACUGGAUAAACUUGAAGACCUUUUAUUUAUUAAAAAAAGAUUAUGGACAGCUUUCUAGUUGUUGGGGUAAAUAGCGAAUGUUCAAACUUCGCAGGCAUUUUGAAAGCAUUUUGACAUUUAUGAUAAUAAUAUGAUUCUGAGAUAUUCUGUUAUAUAGUUAAAGCCAAAACUGCUAAAGCUAA